AUGGAUCCAUUUGAUUUGUACAAUAAUCGUGGAAAAUCAUUACCUGGCCCAACAAGCCGGAGAAAACAAAUACCCAAAAAUGUACAUUUUGAAAAUACAAGUACACAAAGCAAAGAGAAAGGAAUAGAUUAUGCAGCAGAAUAUGUACGAAAAGAAGAAGAAGCACUUCUGCAGAAUACAAACUAUAAUGUAAACAAUCAAAAUGAUUUUGAAGAUAUAUCCGUAGGAACAGUUCCUACGGAUGUGCAAAACGAACAAACAUUAAACAUUUACAGAACGUAUCAGUUUGUUUAUCGUGCAAAGCCAAGUUUAGUAGUUACUGCUAAAAAAGAUCAGAUAGUUUCUAUGAUUGAAACUAAUUCAGUUGUAGUAAUUCAAGGACCAACUGGUUGUGGUAAAACUACACAAGUACCACAAUUUAUUUUAGAUUCUUGCUAUAAGAAGAAACUUCAUUGCAAUAUUAUAGUUACACAGCCUAGAAGAAUUGCUGCUAUAAGUAUUGCAAAACGUGUCAGCCAAGAAAGAGAAUGGCCAGUGGGUACUCUUGUUGGGUAUCAAGUGGGUUUAAUAAAUCACACAAGCAAAGAUACACGUUUGACUUAUUGCACUACUGGAGUUCUUUUACAUAAAUUGAUAAAUAGCAAAAAUAUGUUGGACUACACACAUGUCAUACUUGAUGAAGUUCAUGAAAGAGAUCAAGAUAUGGAUUUUCUUCUUCUUCUUGUUCGAAAAUUACUACACACAAAUUCACGUUCAGUAAAAGUUAUUUUAAUGUCUGCUACAUUUGAUGUGGAGAGAUUUGCUAAGUAUUUUUCUUCACCAGUGAGAAAUAAACUUAUUCCUGCACCUAUUAUCAGCAUUCCAAAGAAAACUUUUUUUAAUGUUGGUAUUUAUUACCUUUGCCAAAUGGGAGCAUUAGGACCAAUACCUGAAAUCUGUACUAACAAACCAACUAUUACGAAAAAAAUGUUGGAAUUUUGUGUUAAUCUUAUAAAAGUUCUUGAUGACGUAGAUAUAAAAGCUGAUGACGCAAAUUAUGAUCAAGAAACAAAUGUUUAUGAAAGACAUGUUAUUCUUGUAUUUUUACCGGGAAUUAAUGAGAUCGAAGAACUUAGUAAUCUGUUAUGUUUACCAAAACAUGAACAGAGUAAGUGGGAUAUAGUCGUACUACAUUCCUCAAUUACAAGUGAAGAACAACAGCGGAUUUUUCAAAAACCACCCUAUGGUUAUCGUCGCCUUAUCUUAUCUACAAAUAUUGCUGAAAGCAGUAUUACUGUUCCUGAUGUAAAAUAUGUAAUUGACUUUUGUUUAACAAAACAUCUUGUAACGGACCCACAUACGAAUUUCCAAUGCUUAGAAUUAAAAUGGGCGAGUAAGGUGAAUUGCGAACAAAGAGCAGGUCGCACAGGUCGAGUAAUGGAUGGUAGAGUAUAUAGAUUAGUACCGCAAUUAUUUUAUGAGACUACCUUGUCUCAAGAAGUAUCACCUGAAAUAUUACGAGCUCCGUUAGAAAAUGUAGUUCUCAAAUCAAAGUUAUUGGACAUGGGAGAACCUAAAGCGAUCCUAGCACUGUCUCUUGAUCCACCUGAUCUUGGAAAUUUGGAAAAAACGAUAUUGAUAUUAAAGGAAACAGGGGCAUUGCUAAAUAAGAUUAAUGAAAUACAACCUUUUGAUGGAGAAUUAACAGAUCUCGGUCGAGUUAUGGCUAAUCUACCAUUGAAUAUUCAUAUAUCAAAAUUAAUAAUGUUAGGCCAUGUUUUUAGUGUUUUGAAGGAUACAAUAAUUAUUGCAGCUAGUUUGUCUGUAAAAGAUAUGUUCAGUAAUCCAUUUCAACAAAAACUAUUAGCCUACAAUGUUAAACUCAGUUGGGCAGCUAAUUCUUGCAGUGACUGUAUAGCUUUUAUGAAUGUAUAUAAAGUAUGGAUUACUGAAAAAGCUAAUCGUCGAUUAAAUAAUGAUGCAGAGGAAAAAAACUGGGCAUCAAGAAAUUUUGUACAAAUUAGAGUGUUACGCGAAGUUAAAGCUCUGAUAAUCGAAUUAACAUCUAGACUGGAAAAAUUAGGUAUACAAGAAAGUGCCGGCGUCAAUAAAGUUGUCUGGAGUGAAGAAGAACGACCAUUUGUUUUAAAAAUUAUAAUUGCUGGUGCAUUUUAUCCAAAUUAUUUUAUCAAAAAUACAUUCGCUAUGGAAAAUCAAUUGAACGAACAUAUUGGAAUAAGAUUACUAGGUGGAUUAGAUCCAUUAAGAACAGUAUAUUUGCAAGGAUGGCCUCUGAAACAGCCUGGAUUAUUAUAUGCUCGCAGAAUUCAAGAUAUCUUUAAGCAGAACUUGAUGCCUAUCGGAAAAGUAAACGUAUCUUUCGAUAAUUCUUCUCGUGUUUACAUUCAAUUUAUUCAAGAAAUGUGUGAGAAACAAAAUAAAAAUACAAAAAUGAUAUCUCCAUUUGUUUACAAAGCAAUCAGAUUGAGACAGUCUAAUAUUCCUAUAGAAGUACCGCUUUUAAAUGAAGAUGUAGCUUUGAAACGAGCGGAUGAGAUGAACUUAAACAAAAAAUACUUUUUUACACCGAAAAUUGUGAUAAAAGACAAUGUCAAACCUGAAUUACCGAGUUUGCGAGUAUCUCGUAUUCCUUUGAUAAUACGAAAUAUUGAAAGUCCUAGUCGUUUCUGGGUUCAGAAACGUGAUCUUACAAUUAAAAAAAAACUGAAUAAAAUAGAAUCAACCAUUAAACAAAUGCAACGCGAUGGAUUUAGAACAUUGAGAGCAGUCCCAGAAACUGGCACGAUUGUAAUUGCACCAUACGAGGAAAACAACCGCAAAGUGUAUUUACGGGCAAUAGUAGAAGGUCAUGUAUCAUUGCCAGAAAUAUUAGUACUAGUCUUUUUUAUGGAUUAUGGUUAUUCAAGCAGAUGUCUAUUACGCGAUUUGAAAUGUUUGGAGCCCAAUAGCGGUAUUUCUGAUAUUCCUGCAUUAGCUUUUGAAUGUACAUUGGCAAACAUUCAACCAUUCACGGUACAAAGUUUCAACGAGGAUUGGUCACAGGCUGCGUAUGAUUUAUUUUGGACAUUGAUUAGCAAACCCGGUUUACUUUUUGGUGAAAUUUAUUCUGUCGUCAAUGGCAUGGUUAUAAUAGAACUAAUUCAUAAAAAUGAAAGAAAUGAAAUUAGUAUAAACAAAUGUCUUCUUGAAAAGAGAUUUGCAAUAAAAAAAGAAGAAGGCUAUUUCUCACGCUUUAAUCAUGAUUUAAGACUGCAACAAUCAAACAUGUCAAACGAACAGUGUUAUCAUUAUGAAAAGUUACAAUAUGAUCAAGAUUAUAUGCCAGAUAUUUAUCCAGAUUCACCUGCAGUUGCCGAGUGCUAUACAACAGAAAGAUUACGAGGCCCAUUUUCACCAUUAGAAAUUAAAUUAAUGCAUCUUAUUAACGCUGGAAGAGAUAAACAUGUGAAAAUGGCAACGAAUUCGGUAAAUUCUGUUCUUUUGGACACCGAUCCUGGAGAUUCUUCUCAACGACUUUUAGUGGCAGCAUCCGUUUCUCAAAAUAUACCUAGUCAUUAUUUAACACUAUAUAAUACAACGUUAAUGCCGCGUCUUCCUGGAUUAACUGCUUUAAUUGUAUUAAUUUUUACGCCAUGUAUGGAAUUGCGACGUAAUAAUUUUGGAACUUACUACAUUGGUGCGUUAUGUGGAUUAGGUUUUGAUUCUAUCAAGAAGAGUAGUAUUUAUCCAGAACAUGAUAUAGAACUUCAAUUACGUCAUUGGAUGAAUAUCGGAAUGCAAAUUAAUUAUCGAUCGGACGGCAGCAAUAAUAUGGAAGAAAUGAUUAUUUGUCAAAAUAGAAUAAAAGAUGCAUUAUUGAAAUUAAUUGAGAAAGAAAGGAAAACUCGACCUGUUGAAUCGAUUAAUAAUUUCAAUAACUGGAACUUGUAUAAUGAAAAUUUAUUACUUCGACCUAACAAAACAUCCAUGAUCACAAACAGUAUAUACAGACUCCAUAACGCAUUAGAAUUGGAAGAAGCAAAUGAAACACAUGAAAUUAUAGAAAAUAUAAAGAAUUUACGAGCACUGGCAAUUGAAAAUCCAAAAAUUCCUGAAAAUACACAAAUUUCUUGUAAGUUAUGCAAUAUUGUAAUGUAUGACAUAAAUAAUCUUCGCAGUCAUUUAUACACAGCAAAGCACAGACAAAACGAAAAAAUGUUAGGAAUUAAGAUUUGA